CAACAAACGAAACCCCAAUGAGAUUGAUAAUUUAAUCGAUCGGAAUCAACUUCAACAUGCGCUAGAAUGGACUAUCAACAUACUUUUCCCGAAAAUGAUAAUGAGAUCGAAUCAGCAACUAAUUAUCAACAGACGAUAGAAGAAUGGGUGACGGAUCUUGCUUCUGAAGGAAGAGAAGAUUUGUCAUUGGAAAUCUCAGCUUUAGCUGCAAUCUUUGGUGACCAAUCCAUUAAGAUUUCUUACAAAGAAGAUACUAAUCUCAACCGAGAGACUGAUAGAAAUCAAAAUCAGAAGUCAGAAGAGUCGAUAAGAAUAUUGGUUUUGAAUUCAUUUAGUUCAGCAGAUCGUUCAACAUCUUUAAAUGAAGAAAUUCGAUUUUCAACCAGAGUGAUCAUACCAAAAGAUUAUCCAGAAAGAUCACCACCUCAAUUUCAAUUAAUUUCAAAGUACAUUGGACCAUAUCUAAUCCUACCAGAAUUAUUUAAUCAAAUUUCUAAAUUAUAUCAAGAUGAAGAUGAUGAUUGGACAUCAUCUCAAUCUAUACUAUUUGAUGCACUUGAAUCAAUUAAAGAAAUCAUCAUGAAUUAUUAUCAUCAAAAAUCUAAAGGGUUACAAGAAUCAAAAGUAAAUCGAGAAGAAAUGAUAUGUAAAAAACAUGAUGAAGAUCAUCAGAUUAAUGAAGUUCUUAAUAAAAGAAAUUUACCGAUUUCGAUCGAUGAUCAAUCAACUGAAGUUUUCGAAAUCUUUGUUAGUGAACCUAUUAUGGAUCGUAAGAGUAUUUUUGUAGGACAUUCUACUUUUUUGAAAGAUCCAAGACAGGUAAAGGCCAUUAUGAAUCAAAUCCUUUCAGAUAAAAAAGUAGCACGUGCAACUCAUAAUAUGUAUGCUUGGAAAUGUGAAAUAAAUGGUCAUCUUCAUCAAGAUAACGAUGAUGAUGGUGAAUCAGCAGCAGGAUCAAGAAUGCAACAUCUUUUGAACAUCAUGGAUGUUCAGAAUGUGUUAGUUUGUGUGAGUCGUUGGUUUGGAGGAAUUCAUUUAGGUUCAGAUCGAUUUAAACAUAUCAAUCAAGCUACUAGAGACGCUUUAAUUGUUGGAAACUUUAUUAAGUCUUCUACUUUAUCGAAUGGUGAAUCGAAAUCAAGAUCAAAUCAUCAUCAUGAUAAGAAAAAACGUUAAAAGAUAAAGUCGGUUAGAAAGUUUUAAAAUCAAAUGUACACAGAUUGGUAGAGAUUGUGGGAUGAUUUGCUUGAGUUUGGUAAGGAAACUGUCUCUUGAGUGUUUGCUGUAUAUGUACUUUCAUCAUCUCAAAGACAUGCAUAUAUCUAGGUAAAACACGCACGUUUCAUUGAUUUGGAUUUGUAAGGUUUUGAGUGAUUCGAAGUGAUUCGAAGUCUACCCCUAUGUAUGUAUACUCUCGUGUAUUUUGAAUUGAGGCAUACAUUAGCGUAGCAUUUUCUUUGACUG